AUGGGGGACCCCAGCAAGCAGGACAUCCUGACCAUCUUCAAGCGCCUGCGCUCGGUGCCCACCAACAAGAUAUGUUUUGAUUGUGGGGCCAAAAAUCCCAGCUGGGCAAGCAUAACCUAUGGGGUGUUUCUUUGCAUCGACUGCUCAGGGUCCCAUCGGUCCCUUGGUGUUCACUUGAGUUUUAUUCGAUCGACAGAGCUGGAUUCGAACUGGUCUUGGUUUCAGCUGCGAUGCAUGCAGGUUGGAGGCAAUGCUACCGCGUCUUCCUUUUUCCACCAACACGGGUGCACCACCAAUGACUCCAACGCCAAGUACAACAGCCGCACCGCCCAGCUGUACCGGGAGAAAAUCAAAUCCCUUGCCUCCCAAGCUACUCGGAACCACGGCACCGAUCUGUGGCUUGAUAGCUGUGUGGUCCCAUCCUUGUCCCCUCCACCAAAAGAGGAAGAUUUUUUUGCCUCUCAUGUACCUGCUGAGGUAGGUGAUGCAGCCUGGGCAUCAUCCACACAGUCAGAACCGUCCUUCCAGACACCCAGGGCUGUGGAGAACAUGCCAGAAAAUACUGCAGGGGGAGCAGACCAAGGACCCAGCGUGGAAGGCCUCAACGCACCUACCAAGGCUGCUUUAGAGGUUUCGUCUAUCAUGAAAAAGAAACCAAAUCAAGCUAAGAAAGGACUUGGGGCCAAAAAAGGAAGCUUGGGAGCCCAGAAACUGGCAAACAAAAGCUUUAGUGAGAUUGAAAAACAAGCCCAGGCUGUUGAUAAGAUGAAGGAACAGGAAGACCUUACGGCCCGGGCAGCACCUAAGGAAGAAUUCACCGCCCCAUCAUUACGAUUAGCCUACAAGGAUCUUGAAAUUCAGCUGAAGAAAGAUGAAAGGAUGAACAUCAGUGGCAAAAAGAAAAUGGAAUCCGAGAGACUUGGCAUGGGCUUUGGAAACUGCAGAAGUGGUAUUUCCCAUUCAGUGACUUCAGACAUGCAGACCAUCGAGCAGGAGACGCCCAUCCUGGCAAAACCCCGAAAAAAAUACAGUGAAGACGAAGAUGUAUAUUUCACUGUCAGCUCGAGGUACUUUGAUGAGCCCCUGGAGUUACGGAGCAGCUCUUUCUCCAGCUGGGAUGACAGUUCCGAUUCCUACUGGAAAAAAGAGAGCGUCAAGGAUACUGACCUGGUUCUGAAGACCACAGGCUAUUCAGACAGCUCCACUGCUCGCCGCAAGCCUGACUCGGAGCUGGCUGAGAGCACAGAUGAGGCGCAGAAGAAGUUUGGCAACGUCAAAGCCAUCUCCUCAGACAUGUACUUUGGAAGACAGGCGCAGGCUGAUUAUGAAACCAGGGCUCGGCUGGAGAGGCUUUCAGCAAGUUCCUCCAUAAGCUCGGCUGAUCUGUUCGAGGACCAGAGGAAGCAGGCAGCAGGGAACUACAACCUCAGCAGUGUACUGCCCACCGCUCCUGACAUGGCGCAGUUCAAGCAGGGCGUGCGUUCCGUUGCGGGGAAGCUCUCAGUCUUUGCCAACGGCGUCAUGACUUCCAUCCAGGAUCGCUAUGGCUCCUAA